GAGGAGGGCUUGUGAGCGCCUCUUUCCUCUGGGUGGCCAGCCCAGGUGUCUUUUCUGGAGCUGUGGAUGUCUUCUCAGUUUCAGGCCGGGUCAUUUGUGUUUGAAUCGGAGCAUCAUUGGCUGGAAAUACAUCACUCUUCGUACAGGUUGCCUGGCAUCCUGGGCCGCCCAGAUGAUGUGGGAUGGAGGUGCCAGAACUCACCCGCGCUGCCUCACCUGCCAGGGACCAGCCAGCUCCUGCUCCUGGCCCCCCAGGGGCCCCAGGUGGGCAGGCCUCACCUCACCUGACCUUGGGCCCUGUCAUCCUGCCGCCAGAGCAGGGCCUGGCCCCCGCCGUGUUCCUGAAGGCCCUGCCCAUCCCACUGUACCACACAGUGCCUCCCGGGGGCCUCCAGCCGCGGGCCCCCCUCGUGACAGGCAGCCUGGACGGGGGCAGCGUGCCCUUCAUUCUCAGCCCCCUGCUGCAGCCUGAAGGACCUGGCCCCACCCAGAUGGGGAAGCCAGCGGCCCCAGCGCUCACCGUGAACAUCGUGGGCACUCUGCCUGUCCUGUCGCCGGGCCUGGGGCCCACGCUGGGCAGCCCAGGCAAGGUGCGGAACGCCGGCAAGUACCUGUGCCCACACUGCGGCCGGGACUGCCUGAAGCCCAGCGUUCUGGAGAAGCACAUCCGGUCCCACACCGGUGAGAGGCCCUUCCCGUGUGCCACCUGCGGCAUCGCCUUCAAGACCCAGAGCAACCUGUAUAAGCACAGGCGCACCCAGACGCACCUCAGCAACUCUCGGCUGUCCUCGGAGUCCGAUGGCGGUGGAGGCAGCCUCCUGGAGGAGGGGGACAAGGCUGGAGGGACCUCCAGAGCAGAUGGCAGGGGGGACAGCUGGAGCCAGAGAGGGGGCGACGGGGCCCAAUCAGAAAGACCCCUUUCUCCAGCCGCCCAGGGCGCUGGACUCUGCCCAGUGCCCACCACACAUCUUCCUGUGGCAGAGAACCUGGAUCUGAGGUUGGAAGCGGUUGCCUGUCCAGGGUCCACAUUUGCUGACAGCGAGGCCCCUUUGGCCCGCACCCACACAGCGCCCCCCGGGCUCCCGCUGGCCGGUGCACAGCCGCGGCGUAAGCUCCUGGAACAGAAGCCGCCGACCGCCAGCGGGUGCUCCCUGCAGCAGGCCACGUCCUCAGAGAAGCCCGGGGACCCCAAGGCCUCGGAGGGCCGGCUGAGGAAGUGUGAGAGCACCGACUCGGGCUACCUGUCCCGUUCGGACAGUGCGGAGCAGCCGCUGGCCCCCGCCAGCCCCCUGCACAGCCUGUCCGAGCACAGCGCUGAGUCCGAGGGGGAGGGCGCCCCGGGGCCGGGGGGAGCCAGGGCCCAGCCGGCGGGGCGGAGGCCCAGCUUGGAGCUGGAGAAGAAGCAGCUGGAGGAGCGCAUCGCCAGGCUCAUCUCGCACAACCAGGCCGUGGUGGACGACCCCCAGCUGGACCACGUGCGGCCCCGCAAGACGGUCCUGUCCAAGCAGGGCAGCAUCGACCUGCCCAUGCCUUACACCUACAAGGACUCCUUCCACUUCGACCUCCGGGCCCUGGAGCCCGGCCGGAGGAGGCAGGCCGCCCUCUGCUCGGCCCGCUCCAGCUUCAGCCCCCUGGACAAGACACGGCCCCUCUUCUUUCACUCGGUCCCCACUCAGCUCUCCACCACCGUGGAGUGUGUGCCCGUCACCAGAAGCAACUCGCUGCCCUUCGUCGAGGGCACCAGGAUGUGGCAGGAGCCGCCGGACCCCCGGGACGCCUUCCCCAGGAGGCAGAAGCCUAUGAGCCCCAGGCCUGCCCCUGCCCGACUGGUGGGCGUCCCCAGCGGUCACCCCCGGGCCCUGGUCAGACAGGCCGCAGUGGAGGACCUGCCGUGUCCCCCCGCUGGAGACACCCCUGCUCCUGUAGAUGACCCGGGUGGAAAGAGAACUGCUGUAGGGGAGGGGGUGGCCGGUCAGGGCAGAGCGGCCAGUAAGAAAUGCAGCCAGAGGAAGCUGAAGAUGUUCUCCCAGGAGAAGUGGCAGGUGUACGGGAGUGAGACGUUCAAGAGAAUCUACCAGAAAAUGAGACCCAGCCACCCCGGAGGCAAGAAGGCGAGGGAGGUGACAGCAGGCAGUGGGACAGGAUUGGACCUUCCUUUGCAGGAAGAGGCAGGGGGCAAGGGCACAGCCCUGGCCCAGGAUGGGAGGACCCCUGUCUAUGGGGACAUUUCUGUGGGGGCCAAGCCAGGGCCUCGGGGAAGUCCGCCAGCUCCAGAGGGCUUCUUGGUGACUGAGCCCCCCAGGCAGAGGGAGACGGUGGCCAAAGCAGGAGGCAGUGACCAGCCUGGGGUGAACAGGGCCAUCUCGCACCCUACUCUCAGCUGCAGAGAUCCCCCCUGUUUGGGCAGCAAGAGCCCUCUGAUUCCUACAAAUGGGAGGCUGGAGCUAGGGUGUCAGCUGCCCCCACCACCUGGUCUCCUCAAAGGAAGUGACCUAGAGGCUCCCAGGCUGGUUUCACCAGAUCCCAAACUGGAAGGAGGCACCCGCAGUGGUGGGGACGCAAGGACCUGUCAGCGGGCCCCAGCCAUCCCGAGGCGGCCCAGUGGUAGCUCUGGGGAGCCGCAGCUUGCGGAGGACCAGCUCCCCUCGGAGAGCAAGAAGCUGAAGGUGGAGGAGCUGAGCGGCCAGGAGCAAUCGGAGUCCCUGGGAGCAGGAGGAGAGGCUCCUGGGGGCCGCGUGCAGGCUACCUCCCUACCAUCUCAGAACCAGGACAGUGGGCCCGGGGACAAGCCAGGAGGGCUGCAAGGGAGCGGCGACUGCACGGCAAGGGGCAGGGCUGGACAGCUGGGCGAGCCCCUGGAGACCUCCGGCACCUCCUCUGCUGGGUCUUCAGUGGCCCUGUGGCAGGCAGCGCUGAGGGACAAGGAGCCCUCGCUGCGCCCUGCAGCUGCAGUAGCCAGGAGCCACUCCCCGCUGGCUGCCCAGCCUCCCGCUCCCGGCGUCCUUGCUGCCCUGGCGGACACUGCCUUUCCUCCUCAGUACCUCCUCAGGUUACCUCAGGGAGAGGCCCACCCCCCACUGCUCGUCCCCCCAGGGACGGGGCGAGGCCAGGACCCUCUCUGUGGGAGAAGGUGUCCGGAGGAGCGGGCAUCCUUUGUUGAGUCGGGACUGCGGGCCAUCCUGCCUCCCAGCCCAGCCUCAGGCCUGGCCCCCAGUGGAGCAGACAGCUGCCAGGAGGACCCCAGCUGGUCCAGGCCGUGGGACUGGAGAAAGGGGGUGCAGGGAGAGGAGAAAGGAGACUUGGACACUAGCACCCCGGCAGCCGGAGAGUCUCCGGGCCCGGCCGCCGGAGCCCCCAGGAAGUCAGCAUCCUUCCUGUCUACCCCAACGUGUGACUACCCGAGGAAGGAGACCCGUGACACCCGACACCUCUGCACGAGCAGUGCUUUGGCGAGGGCCAGGCCCUCUGGGGGUGUCCUGGAUCCCUGGGCACCCAACAGGUUGCUAAGUGGUCCUCCCAAGAAUGACCCAGAAGACCUUCCUUCUGGGGCCCUGGCAGGGCCCAGUCCCUGCUGCUCCCUCCAGCCCAGCACCUUCCUCUUGGCCCGUACGCCCCCGGGCUGGCCUGAGCUGGCCUCGUGUACCCACUCAGAGACUCCUGGGAGCUGCAGGGCCCAGAGCCCUUUCCCCACGCUGAAGGCCGAACCCCAGCUCACAUGGUGUUGCUUGAGCCGCAGCCUCCCUCUGCCCAUGGAGCAGAAGGAGAAGGCUGCUUCCGUGUACUCAAUGCUGCACUUCCCUGGUGGCACCCCCCCGGACAAGGGUCUAGACGCCCGGCUGGUGAGCAAGGCUGUGUCGGGAGGAUGGACCAGGACAAACCCAGGAGAGGGAAGGCAGGCGCAGACAUUGAAGGUAACCCAGCUUUGCCCUGGGGCCCUGGGGCCCUGGGGGCUGAGGGAGCACACAGCAGGCAGGGCUUGUAAUGAUGGAGAGAAAGCAUGA